AUGGCGAGUUCCAAGAUUUUGCUUUUGCUGGGUAUUUUACUUGCAGUUGGUCUUGUCGUCUCUUCAGAGGUUGUCGCUAGAGUGGAUGCUAGCACUGAAGAAAAGAGGGUAGAUGAUUCGAAAACUGGUGGAUACGGUAAAUAUGGAAGCGGCUAUGGGGGUAAAGGUGGUUACGGAGGGAGUUAUGACCGCAAAGAUGGUGAUCAUGAUGGCAGUUAUGGCGGCGGCAAAGACGGUGAUCAUGAUGACGGCAAAGACGGUGAUCAUGAUGGCGGCAAAGACGGUGAUCAUGAUGGCGGCAAGGACGGUGAUCAUGAUGGCGGCAAGGACGGUAAUCAUGAUGGCGGCAAAGAUGGUGAUCAUGACGGCGGUUAUGGCGGCGGCAAAGAUGGUAAUCAUGAUGGCAGUUAUGGCGGCAGCAAAGACAGCUACGGAAGUGGAUAUGGGAGCAAAGGAGGAUAUGGAGGCAAAGGAGGAUAUGGAGGCAAAGGUGGUUACGGGGGAAAAGGAGGAUACGGCGGCAAAGGAGGAUAUGGCGGCAAAGGUGGCUAUGGAGGCGGAAAAGGUGGUUAUGGAGGCGGAAAAGGUGGUUAUGGUGGCAAAGGAGGAUAUGGUGGUGGUUAUGGAGGCGACAAACCUCAAAACUGA